AUGAGCGAUGCGCUGAGCCCCGCCGAGGCGCUGUCGGUGUAUGACGCGCCGAAGCCGUUCAAGUCGCGCACGUACGUGGACCGUACGAGUGCUACGACCAACCGCCGGAACAAGUCGCUGAAGCAGAUCUUGAACCAGGACCGCGACGCGCACCUCCAGCGCCUCGGCCUCCUGGACAAGACCAAAAAGAAGAACGAGCCGAAGCGCCGCAAGACCGCCGCGGACACCGGAUCGGCCCCUGAGUCUACCGAGGCGCCCUCGUCGCCCGCGGAGGAUGCAGCGGAGCCGAACACUUCGGUCGAGGCACCGCCGAGCUUGCUGCCUGCCAAGCACUACUGCGACGUGACAGGCCUGGUGGGCAACUAUACCGAUCCCAAGACGCGCAUGCGGUAUCACAGUGCCGAGAUCUACGAAAUUAUCAAAGGAUUCGCACCGGGUGUGGACAACUCGUACCUUGCCCUGCGUGGAAAUGCUUCGCAGCUUAUGUAG